AUGUUGAUUAUGCAGUUUGCACAAUUUUUGGACCACGACAUUACCUUAACACCCCUAAAUCAAGGAUUUGCAGAAUCUAUUCCAUCCUGUAGACCCUGUGAUAGUAAGCAGACCGUACAUCCUGAAUGCAACCCCUUCGAAAUACCUCCAGAUGAUGACUUUUUCCCUCAAUUCAAUAGUACCACCGGCGAACAAGCGUGCUUCCCUUCCAUGAGAACGUUACAGGGGCAAAGUGAUCUAGGCUCGAGAGAGCAAGUUAAUCAAAAUACUCCGUAUUUGGAUGGAUCAGUGAUAUACGGAGAGAAUAAUUGCGUCCUCCAAAUGGUUAAAGGAGAGAACGGAAGAUUAAACGCGUCAGAUCUCGGGGAUGGAUCCAAAGAUUAUUUGCCCAGAACUACUACUAAUUCGGAAUGCAGAUCGGCUUCAGGAUUAUGUUUCUAUGGCGGAGACGGCAGGGCAUCGGAACAAGCAGGCUUGACAAUGAUGCACACGAUUUUCUUGAGAGAACACAAUAGAAUAAAUGAUGCUUUGCAAGUUUUAAAUCCAUCCUGGAGCGCUGAUAAGCGCUUUAAUGAAACUAGAAGAAUAGUUGUUGCCAUCUUGCAACACAUCACUUACAACGAAUUUUUACCGAGGAUUUUGGGUGACGAUCAGUUAGACGAUUUUGGACUUCGGCUAUUAUCCGACGGAUUCUAUGAGGAUUAUGAUCCGACUUGCAGCCCAGACACGCUUACAGAGUUUGCGGCUGCCGCAUACAGAAUUGGUCAUUCACUUCUGCGAGCUAGAGUUCCCAUGUUAGACAACAAUUUCACAAAUGUGGAUCCUCCACUUCUAUUAAGAGAUUCGUUCUUCCAAACUGACAGACUUUUCGCUCCCAAUAUCAUUGACGAUAUAGCCCGUGGUAUCAGUUCAACGCCAAUGGAAGAUCUAGAUCGAUUUGUUACGAACGAAGUUACAGACCAUUUGUUUGAAAAUACACAAAUACCUUUCACUGGAGUAGAUUUAGUUGCUUUAAAUGUUCAGAGAGCAAGAGAUCACGGUAUUCCUCCCUACAAUGACUAUCGCGACUUCUGUCUUGGAGACCGUGCCGAUACUUUUGAUGAUUUAUCAGACACAACCGAUGCGGAUGCCAUACAACAAUUGCAACAAGUUUACCAGAGUGUGGACGACAUCGACCUGUUCCCCGGUGGAUUGACCGAAGCUCAGUUACCUGGUGGUUUGGUUGGGCCAACUUUUGGUUGCAUAAUUGGUAUUCAGUUUGGUCGUUUACGACAAUGCGAUCGAUUUUGGUACGAAACCGCAGAUCCUGUAGUAGGAUUCACCGAGGAGCAACUGGCUGAGAUACGAAAAAUUACAUUUUCCAAAUUGAUAUGUGAUAAUAUUGAUGGUAAUAAUAACAUACACGCCAUUGCUUUUAAUAUACCGUCGGAUUCAUCAAAUCCGAGAGUACCAUGUGAUUCACUUCCAGCACCCGAUCUUUCGGCUUGGCAAGAGUAA